ACUCUGCCUUCGCUGCGCCCAAUCGUCAUUGAUGAUCCCAUUCCCCUAGAGAUGACGGGUGUGUUCACACCCGAACCAACUACAAGUCAGAACCCUCAUGUUUCUCCCCUGAACGCCACAUCUUCCUCAUCGUCCGCACCGGAGCCACUAUCCGCUUAUACAUGUCCCAUUUGCUUCUCACCUCCCACUAACGCGACUCUGACACCUUGCGGUCACAUUUGCUGUGGAGCAUGCCUCUUUGCUGCUGUCAAAUCCACAGUGAAGCGGAAUAUGGUGAUUGCUAUGGACAGAGCCCCUGUUCCAAGAUGUCCCGUUUGCCGCGCUGAAAUACCUGGAUGGGAUGGACGAGGGGGAGGGGUGGUUGGGUUGAAAGUGGAGGUGGUUUUUUCUCUUUGA